AUGGCGCUGCUGGUGAGGGAUCCGUUGGCUUCUAGAACGGCGUUGGUGUUGCUGCCGGCUGAAGGUGGUUCGGUGCGGGGUUUGCUCCGCGCCCGUUGCGAGCUACAGGGCUUUCAAGAAGAACACUUUUAUGUCAAGUGUAAUGGCCGAUGUGUUGAUUCUGAAGAUGUCCUACAGGAUGGAGCGGUCUACAGUCUGGAACCCAGAUUGUGUGGUGGAAAGGGAGGUUUUGGAUCUAUGCUGCGAGCACUUGGUGCUCAGAUUGAAAAAACAACGAACCGAGAAGCUUGUAGAGAUCUUAGCGGAAGGAGGCUUCGAGAUGUCAACCAUGAAAAAGCAAUGGCUGAAUGGGUGAAGCAGCAAGCAGAACGUGAAGCAGAAAAGGAACAAAGGCGCCUGGAAAGGCUGAAACGCAAACUUGCUGAGCCAAAACACUUUUUCACUAAUCCAGACUAUCAGCAGCAAUGCCAUGAGAUGGCAGAGAGGCUGGAGGACUCUGUCCUUAAAGGAAUGCAAGCAUCUUCCAGCAAGAUGGUUUCGCCAGAAAGCAGUGAAAGCCGAAAGCACCCAAAUGAGUCUGAGAAUGGGGCAACGUCUGAGAAGAAAAGAUGUCUUUGGCUGGGGGUGGAAGGACUGGAAGACCCUGAUAGUUCUCCGGGCAGCAGUGACAGUGAAGGCGACGAAGUCCCCACUACAUCAGGAAGUUGCAAGGCUUUGACUAGUGACCGUUUCAAAAUGGCUCCGAGUGCAGGGCAGGGGCCGGGUGGCUCAGAGGAUUCUGGAAGUUGCAGUUCAGUCUCGGACACUGCUGAGAAGUCACCAGAGGAAGUGGAACCUGUUGGGAAAGAUCUGGUAGAGGAUUUGCCAAGCAGUGAAACUGCUGCGGAUGAAAAACACGAAGUAGCCAAGACCCUGAUAGAAGGAGAGCAAGCAAAUGCCUCAGGUUCUCAGGAAGCUGUGAGCCAGUUACAAGACCGUGAGACUGCAACAAUAAAUCUGCUGGAAUACAGCUCUGCAACUGAACUGGAAGCCCUUGGGUUAGAGAAGCUGAAGCUUGAACUGAUGGCUUUGGGACUAAAAUGUGGGGGCACCUUGCAGGAAAGAGCAGCGAGGCUUUUCUUAGUGAGGGGUCUGGCUACAAGUGACAUCGACCCUGCUUUAUUUGCAAAGCCUUCAAAGGGGAAAAAGAAAUAAUCGGUGCUGGA